UUACACUAAGGGGAUAUACCUCGAACGCCGGCCUAGCAGUUAAGUAGGUUUGCCUCAGUCGUCUAACCUUGUAGGCCUGUAGUCUAUGGUUUAAUGGUUUAAUAACAAGGGAACUUUUCACUUUUGGUGAUGUUAAAAGUUCGCAGUUUCGGCAACUAAUUAAUUCGUUAUCCUCUUAUAUUCUUCUAAUAAAGGAAAGAAGACAGAGAAUUAUGGCGGUUGGUCGAUUUUUUCUGUUGAUUUUUCUGAUAGUUGCAACUGUCAAACAAUUCAACGCAGAAAAAGAUUUCUAUGAACUACUUGGCGUGGAAAAAACUGCCGACAGUCGUGAAAUUAGAAAAGCUUUUAAAAAACUUGCCAUCACUACCCAUCCCGACAAAAACCCAGAUGAUCCACUAGCUCAACAAAAAUUUUUAGAUCUCAAGCAAGCUUAUGAGAUACUCAAGGAUCAAGAGACCCGUAAACAGUAUGAUCUACAUGGGGAGAAUGGUAUAAAAGAUGGCUUCAAAAGCAGCAAAGAAUAUCAAAAUUGGAACUUCUACAAAAACCAUUUUGGCAUUUAUGAUGAUGAUCCUGAAAUAAUUACUUUAUCGGCAUCUGAUUUUGAACAAAAUGUGAAAAAUUCUAUGGAGUAUUGGUUCAUCAAGUUUUAUUCCCCCAUGUGUUCUCACUGCCAUGUUAUGUCACCAAACUGGAGGCAACUUGCACAAGAACUGAAUGCUGUGAUAAAAGUAGCAGCUGUAAAUUGUGAAGAAGACUGGGUCCUCUGCCGUAAGGAAGGAAUCUCAUCGUAUCCUUCACUUGUUUUAUAUCCCAAUAAAGAUAAAUACUAUGGGGAGAGGACUCCUGAAGACAUGCAGAACUUUGUUUUGCAUAAACUACCUACUCAAGCAACUGAAAUUUCUAACUACAAUAUCCUUAAGGAUACUCUGGAGGAUGAAAUAAUAAGAAGUUCUCCCUUACUGUUCAUCUUCUGUAAAGAUUCCGACGACACCAAUUGUCCUUCGUGGCAAAGCAGGAGCAAGCUCUCUUAUAUCUUCGAUGGGUUAGUUGCAGUGGCUUAUGUCGACUGUUCCUCCAAAGAUAUAUCGUGUUCCAAGACCGGAUUCCAGUCAGCUACCGUAUACCUACCGUCAGGCAAUUCUACUCUUCAAGCUGGCAUUGAGAUUCACAGUCUUAACUAUCUUGAAAUCGCGACUCAAAUACUCGGACAGCUUCCGGAAGCGGAACUCGUUGACGAAGAAAGUCUAGAGAAUAUCAGGGCAAAGUUAAACGAAGAUCUCGGCCAAGAUUGGCUCAUUUAUUUUACAGAAAGCCAAGAUUCGUCUCGCUUCACCGAUCUACAGUAUAGACGACUACCUGCCCUCUUACCUCAUAUAAAAUUAGGUCACAUCAAUUGUAAUAUGUCUGAAGAACUUUGCAAAGAAAAACAUUACAUCACAAAGUAUCCGACAUUUGCUACUUUCAAGCGAGGUGGAGCGGUAGAGAUGCAUGUCGGUGGAGUGAGUGUGUCUGAAGUAGUGAAUUUUGCACGAAACAGCAUUUGGGCACCUAAUCUGGAAACGCUGAAUCCGAGUUCGUUUCCCAGUUGUCUCAAAGAUGGACACCCUUGGGUUGUUGACUUUUACGCUCCGUGGUGCCCACCUUGUAUGCGUCUUAUUCCUGAAUUCAGAAGAGCCAGUAGUCUGGUUGGUGGCAUAGUAAAAUUUGGCUCUCUGGAUUGCUCCGUUUAUCGCGACCUCUGUGCCUCUUAUGACGUUCGCUCAUAUCCAACAAUAAUCUUUUAUAAUUAUUCAACUCCACAUGCGUACACUGGUCAGUUUGUCAGCCGUGAUAUCGCCACAUUUGUUGAAGAUGUUCUUCGCCCUCCAGUGGUUGAUUUGACGAUCGACAAUUUCGAGUCGCUGGUGUUGAACAGACCCGUGACAGAAAUAUGGCUGGUGGAUUUUUUCGCUUCGUGGUGCGGUCCUUGCAUUCAGUUGGCACCCCAGUGGCGUUCACUUGCCAGAAUGCUCGGCCCAUUAACUAACAUCAACGUCGGAUCAGUGGAUUGCGUCACCCAGGAAUUGCUCUGUACACAACACAAUAUUCGUUCCUAUCCAACCAUUCGGAUGUAUGUUAUGGGAGGACGCUCUGGUGAAAUCAUUACCUACAACGGCUUCCAGCGGGACGCAUAUUCGCUACGCAGCUGGCUGGUCAAUUCGCUACCAUCGUCGGUUUACGCUCUGGGCGAUUACAACUUCGCGGACCUGGUGCUCCGUUCCAGUACUCCUUGGGUGGUUGACUAUUACGCGCCGUGGUGCGGUCCUUGUCAAGUGUUUGCAGUGGAAUUCGAAUUAGCCGCCAAGCAACUGGACGAUGGCCGCCGUCUGAAAUUUGCCAAAGUCAAUUGUGAUAGCUUCCCAAAUGUGUGCCGAAAUGCUGGCGUUCAAUCCUACCCGACUGUGCGAUAUUAUCCGGGUAAAACGGGAUGGUCGCAUCAGAGUCCCUUCGGCAUCCCGUUUGUCAACGACCGCAGAAAAGUGGAGGACCUCGUGGAGUGGCUCGAAGAACUCCUGGUUUCUCAUUCUCCUAGUGCCUCUGAUAACAAAGUUGCUUCCAGUCGUGACGAGCUCUAAGUCACUAACCUGAUCUUGUCAAAAUAUUUUUCCGAUCAAUCUCUUGCACACUCGCCAAAUCAAAAUCUCACUUUAUACAAUUUUGUUAUUUUCCCAAUGAAAAAUGAAUUGUGCUUAUUGCAUACUUAAGAAACGCUUUUUUGCCUGUUCUGCCCAUACUUAAUAAAAAUGUUUUUGGAUUAUACGAAA